ACAUUGUUUUGUGUGAAUGAUUAUAAUUUAUUUUUAAUUGAAACACAAAUUGAAUAAUUUAUAAAACAAAAUACAAAUAACAACAUAACCUCUAUUUUUUGACAGUGGGCAGAUACACUCUAACAACAACAUAAACAAAAUAUUUUGAUAAUAAAUUUAAACAUUGUUAAUAAAGCAUUUAUUAAUAAAUAUUUUGUAAAAAAAAAAAAUGGCUGUUUGUAUUGCGGUAAUUGGAAAAGAUAAUUCACCAAAAUUCAUAAAAUCUUCAUCAAAAGAAACUGCUCUAGAAUUUCACUACAAAGUUCACACAUCUAUUGACAUUAUUGAAGAAAAAUUAAAUAAUGGCAGUAAAGUUGCUCCAGAUAGUAGAGAAUUAUUUUUGGGACUUCUUUAUUCAACAGAAGAACAUAAAAUAUUUGGAUAUACAACAAAUACAAAAGUAAAAUUUGUUGUUGUUUUGCAAGCAUCAAAUGCAUCAUUUCGUGAUAAUGACGUUAGAAUGAUUUUUCGUAAACUUCAUGUUGCAUAUGCCAAUGCUGUGUGUAAUCCAUUUUACAUUCCAGGCGAUGAAAUAAAUUCAAAAUCAUUUACAGCAGCAGUAAAUGAAAUAAUGGGUCUUGGAUAAUUUAUAUUUACUAAAAAUAAAUAAUUUUAAUUAACUAAAUUAAUAUAUAAAUUAAAUAAACAAAUAAGUUAUAAUUAAAUACAA